AUGACAGAAAUACUAAGUGUAACAGCAGCAGCAAGCAAAAUAUUACAAGGGGCAACACAAGAUAUUUGUAGUGCUGAAAACUGCAUCGAUUUAAUUAUAAAAAAUUUAGAAGACAAAAGGUUAAAUAGUGAAUCAAAUUUUAUAGAAUUAUUUGAAAAAUGUAAGAUUAUUAUGACAAAACUGGAAAUUAAUAUAACAGUACCACGCACAGCUAAAUGUCAAACUCAUCGAUCCAACACUCCAUCUAGUAAUCCUGUGGAGUACUAUAGAAGAGUUUUGUAUAUACCUAUCCUUGACAAUGUCCUGGAAGAUCUACGCAUGAGAUUCCGCAGCAAAAAAAAUAGUACUAUACUUUUGCUCAUGAAAUUAGUACCAAUUUCAAUUAUCAACAUGUCUCCAGAGAUGUGUGAUAAAUUAAUAAAUUCAAUAACUGAAAACUUUUCAUUUUUGGAAAUAAAUCAAAUCGCGUUCAAAGGGAAAAAAUGUAUGAUAUAUAAAGGAUGA